AUGAUUAUUGCGUCGUAUAAUAUCCGUGGGUGUGGAUGCAAUGCUAAAUUGCAUUCUUUGAGAAAAUUAGUUGGAGAUUCAAAGGCAGAUGUGUGUUUUAUUCAAGAAACCAAGAUUCAUGCUAUUGAUAAUUUUCCUGUGGACUCUUUUUGGAGUGAUUCUAUUGCGGAUUGGAGUUCUAAAUGGGCAGUGGGUAGAUCGGGAGGUAUUUUAACAUUGUGGAAGAAAAAGUCUUUUAUCCUAGUUUCUAGUUUUGUUGGGGAAGGAUUUCUUGGAAUCCAUGUGUUGUGGUCCGGUUUCAAUCUUUUCUUGGUGAAUGUGUAUUCCUCUUGUUUUAUUGAGAAGAAGAAGGCUUUUUGGGGGAGGCUUGUAGAGUUUAAAGCAAAAUUUCCAGAUGGGUUGUGGUGUGUUGGUGGUGAUUUUAAUACUGUUCGGGUUAAAGUGGAGAGGAAGGGUAUAUCGAAUAAUUUUAAUCUAAAAGAGGCGGAGGACUUUGAGGAUUUUAUUAGUUCGAUGGAUCUUGUGGAUGUUCCUUUGAUUAAUAAGAAGUUUACCUGGUUCAAUAUGGAUGGGAGUGCUUGUAGUAGGUUGGAUAGAUUUCUCAUUUCUGAGAAAUUAUUUGACUUGUGGGGUGUGGGAGGGAUUGUGGUGGGGGAUAGGUCUAUUUCAGACCAUUGUCCUAUUUGGUUAAAUUGCAAGAUUGUGGAUUGGGGUCCGAAACCUUUUAAGUUUUUUAAAGGGUGGUGUGAGCAUGAUGAUUUCAUUCCUUUGGUGAGGGAUGUUUGGAAGAAUACUUUUAGGGGAGGGAAGGCGAGCUAUAUUUUGAAAGAAAAAUUGUUGGCGGUGAAAUUAAAAUUGAAGAGUUGGAAUAAAGAAGUCUUCGGGAUGCUUGAUUUGAAUGUGGAUAAAGCGGUGGGUGAGCUUAAUUCGUUGGAUUUGGUGGUAGCGGAUUUAGCGGAGGAUGGUUUGGUUGAUUCGGUGAGGAGAAAUAGAGAGGUGGCUUCGAAAGAGGUGUGGGAUACUAUGUUCUUACGAGAUAACUUUUUGCGGCAAAAAGCUAGGUGUAAUUGGAUUUGA